AUGAGCCAGAACCACAGCCACAACAAGAAAAAGGAACAGAUUCAAAUCCGCAGCGAGACACGCAAGCAUCAACAUCUGUUGAAGCUGCAGCUGUAUUCUCAUCUGCCAUCCCAACUGUCACCUCAGUCCUGGCUGAAUUAUGCCAGCCCGUCAAGGCACGUGUUAGCAGACGACCGAAGCCGUUUCGAAACUAUUUGGAACUUGGCCAAUCGUGCACCUGCACUUAACCCACGUGAUGGAAACAAAUUCCCGGCAAAGAAAAUGAAAUCGUCUGGUUGCAGCACAGCUAGGAAGUUGGAAAAGGAUGAGUUUGGGUGGAAUGAGCCUUCUCUGGUGAACGCAGUUUGGGAUGUCAAUGAUACAUUUAAACGCAGUCUGAAGGAAAUGAGCUACCAUGCUAUUUCUAUGCGUGUGCGGCGGCGCCAGUCUGAUGCAAAGUGGAGAGCCAGUGUAGCUUCUUGCUAUGACACACUGAAGUUCAUCAUUCAAGAUAGCAAAAAAAUGGCAAAGAAAAAGAUUUCAAAGUCUCUUGUUUUGGAAGAAACUGAGAAACAUAUCAAUAACCUAGAAAAUGCACUUAGUUGCCUUUUUAAUCAACAAGCAAAUGAAACUGGAAAAGCUGUAUUGUGGAAAAAGGGACAGCAAUGGUGCCUUGCUAGUUUGGAUGAACUUCAUGAAGACUUCAAGGAAAAACAGAGUAAACUUUUUUUACAGACAUCCCAGGGCAAGAGGCGCUAUAACCUGCUGUCUGAAAUACAAGAACAGAUAUUAGAUAUGAGCGUGGAUCUUUCUAAAAUUUGCAUUCUGCCUCUGACUGAUGUUAAAUCUGAAAAAUUGGAUGAAGUUAAACAUAACUUUUCAGAAGAUGGAACAAAUCAGACAGCUGAAAAUACAGCUUUUAGUGGUCGCCCAUCACAAGCACAUGGCAAACAUUCAGUAUAUGGCAUGAGUGAAACUCGUACAAAGGCUAGAAGAGUUGCUGGACUAGCAAGAAACAGUGCAGUUUUGCAACCAAUGUCAACACUGAUCACAUCUAGGAAAACCCCUGUCAAAGACAAGAUGAUUGGUGGUUUUCGUGAUGAAAAAGAGUUUACUGCUUCACUGGGGCUCAACACUCCAAUGUAUUCAAAAUCUGACAGGAUAAACAAUAUUAAAACUGAACCUAAAGGUGUUAAAAAAGUAGCCAAGAAGUUGACUUUUAUGACUGCAGAAGAAGCAACUCCAGCUAAAUCUGAAUAUGUAGACUCGUCACUUCUCAAGUCUCCUAUGACCAACUUUGGUUUUACACCCAUUAAACUGCCAAAUGAAUCAAAUCUUGGGUUCACCCCAAUAAAGCUUCCAUCGGAACCAUGGCUUCUUGAGACAGCAAAUGAAAUUGUUUCCCCUCUAAAGAAUACAUUAACAGAUCAUUCGUUAUCACAGGUAUCGGUUAACCACAAGAUGUCUGUUUCGGAUGAUGGAGAAUCAAAGAACCUUCUUUGUCUGGAAACCUUUGAUGUACUGGACCAAGAAGAAUCUGAUCUACAUACACAAGAAAGCACUCCAAGAAAACAACUUCAGAAUAGAGUUAGACAAUGUGGAGGAAGACGAGCCAGGAUCCAGGCAUUUAAAAGAAAAUUGGAAUUGGAAAAAGUAAAGAGUAGAAAGAAAUCAAAGUCCAGUUACGUUCCUAGAUGCCGAAAGCAACUUGAAUUAGAUUUCUUUUGUCAUCAAGAUACAGAGUCUGCACUAGCUGCACUGGAAAUUAAUACAGAUUCCAACUCUGCUCUCAGUCCAGACCUUCUUGAUCUAGAUGUCAAACCUUUAGACUUCACAGGAUUUGUGAAAAAAGGAAAAGCUGAUGAGUUUAAACAUGAAUGGCAGAGAGUUCCAGUGAUGGAAAUAAAGACUGAAGAGUCACAUAAGUUAACCAAUCAACUGGUUCCUGAUCCUUACUUGACCUCCAGUGAAGAAAGGCAGUCUGGUGUUAAUAUUGUCUUCAAUGGACAUGGUUUUGUUGAAGAGUUGGGUGAUAAUCGGUGUCAGAUUGUUCCCGAGAUCAUAGUAAAAAAUGAUGUGAUGUUCAGCAGUACUAGACGGUCUCCACCACCUGCAUCUUCUGAAGAAAUAGUCCUCAAUUAUAUUUAAAUACACUUAAAUAUAAUUUCAGUGUUUCUGCCAGAGGUAAUAUACCAUCAUCAAAAACAUAUAUUUGGGGAAAGAGCCAUACCUUAAAUUUUGCAGAUGAGUCUGUUUUAAUGACAAUUGAUCUUUGAAGAAAAUAUGAUUAUUACCCAAUUGAUAUCUUUAAGCGAGUAGUUUAUAUGGGAGGAAUUUACAAUUAAAAAUUAAAGAAAAUGCCUCCUAUUGUUGAAUAAGAAUAGGUUUUUUUUGUGCAAACCCUGAUAAAGUACCUUUGCAUCCUAAAUUGCACCUUUUUAAUUUAAUCACCUAGUAUUUAAAAAAAUUGCCAUCUAAAAAUAUGUUUAAGUUUGUUAAAUUUUAGUUUACAAGGGCUGUAAAUUGAUGUUUAUUGUGUUGUUAUGAACACGGAAAUUAAUAUUCUUUCUGUAUCUGAACCAAUUUUGUAUAUGAUUAAACAAAAUAGUACAAUUGCAGGCUUCAAAAGUUGGUAUUAGAAGGUCAUGGCUAUGAUAGUCUUUAAAAAUCCAUAAAAUGAAGGACACCAAGGCCAACCUAAAAGGUACCACAGCAACUUUCAUAGAUUUUCAACAGGAACCAAGGCAGCUUUAUUUAGGAACUAAGUUAAGAACUUUAAAUGUAAAUGUAUUGGGUUUAGCCAUCCGUAUGAAUAAUUAUAUGAACCCGAUCAAGUGUUAGAAAAUUUAGGAAAACAAAAAUUAAACCUUGAAUUAAGAUAUUUAACACAAUUUGCAUACCAUAUUUUGUGGGUUAUAACAUGCACCACAGUAUUUUAACACAUUGUACAAUACCAUUAAUAUAUUUUUUAUAUAUAUAAGAUAUACAAUACAAAAUUUUAUAAGCCUUAUAAAAUUCUAUAAGUAUUUACAAUAUUGUGAUUCCCCAUAGAUCUCGACACACGUGUAUGUAUCUGCCAAAGAUAUUUAUAUGUUAUUCUAAAAUAAACUGAAUACUGGUGAUAGCACAUAUUGUUGCUUUAUUGUGAUUUAGCCAGAAAUAGGUGGGCUGAGAAUACAAAAAUAGGUCAUUCACUGAUUCAGCAUGUACAAGUUCUGAUAUUUUAGUAAUAUUUAAUGACUUUGGAUAUUGACUUAGUGGUGCUAAAUUACAUUAUAUGUAUGGUAUAAAUAUGUAACUUCAAAUAGAGCAUUGGUACUAUUUUUUGUUCUAGUAUAUAAAAUCAUGCGAUGACAAAAUGAAUACACUUUUCAUAUUCAUGUAACCUCCGACGCAUGCCCCAAAAUAUCCAAGAUGGCCAAAUAACUUGAAAAUAUUUGACAGUUUGGAAUAUAUUUUUACAAUUUGGUUGUACAAAUGUAUAUAAAUGCAGAAAAAAGUUCUUGUGUACCAAAUAGAUGUACAUGUAUACAGAAUUGCAUUUACUUUAAAUCCGGUUGUGAAAAGUUCAGAAAAUAAUUAACAUUCCUUUGAUAUUCCAGUGUUUUGUCAUUUGUACAUGCUAACUUCACACUUUAUGACAAAGCUUGCCUUACUCACAUCUUCCUGUGUGAUGCAGGGCUUUAGAUUGUACGAUAUUUAAGAUGACAAACGUGCCCAAAAUACAAAAGCUGCAAAUAAUCAUGCACAAAUUAAAUAAAAACAUGCUGACCUCAGAAGAUCACCUCGAAACAAGUGAAAUAAUGAGCUAUAAUUAGAUUAAAAUAACUUGUAAUGCAUUUCUGAAUAUCUACAACCCUUCUACAGCUUUUAAUACCAUUACUGCACUAUAAAAAUCUUGCUGUGCUCAGAAUGGACAAAAAAUGUGUUGUGCCCAAAUUAGAGAGAUCUAAAGUCCUGUGAUGUCAUUAAUGGACUGCAAAAUGAUUGGAUGAAUUAUCAUUACUCAUUUAAACCCUUUUAUUAACAUUUGAUCAUUGUUAAUGUGAUCCUGCAACUAAAAAACCCCAGCGUCCUGAAGCGAUGAGUAUGCAUCAGAUUGCAAUAGCACAAAAUACUGUUGCUAUAUGUUUUGGUGUUUAUCAUUUUUCACCAGAACACCAUACAGUGUAAGCAGUUUAGAAAUAUAAAUCAUUCUUGUUUAGGGAGCCUACAUGUAGGUGUGACAUGUUAGCAAAACAUAUAAAACACCUGUGGAAUAAUUUGGAAACAAAUGAGUCUUAUAAUCGCAAAACAUCUCUGAGUUAGUGGAAGAACUGUCGGGAACUGGUUACAUGACCAUGACCAUCCAAGAAUAUGUAGUCCUGUUGCAAUAUUACAUGGUGCACCAAGGUUCAGAAGUCUUGACAGGACUGGACCAUAUACUUUUAACAUAAAUAAUACAUCUAUGGCAAACAUAAUUUUUGAUUUAUUUAAAACUAAGUAUCACUAAACUUUCUUUUUCCAAUAGUAUAUAUUUAUUUAUAGGAGUGAUUUUGUAGCAUUCCAUGUCUACUUGUUAACUGAUAUUUAAGUCCAUUAUUCCUUGAACGAAAAGAUAAAAUGUAUGUAAAACUUACAGUCAUGCGGGAAUGCCCAACAAUAGUAUUUCAUGAGGAAUUUUUCUUACCAGUACUGCAAUCUUAACUUGAUAAAAUGGUAGUGUUUAACUGUUGUGACAAUAAUUUACUCAAAGACAGUUGAAUAAAACACGUUAGUGGUGUUAUUCUUGUGACAUUGCAUUUAUUAUCACACAUGCUUCCCAUGUGCAGACCUACAUACCAAAUUAAAUCCUAAUAAACUAACAAAAUGGCACACGACAAAUGCCUAAAAGGACAUGGCUGUUCAUUGCCAUAAAGUAACUGGUAUUUCUGAGGCACAAGGCAUCUAUUGUCCGAACCAAAUUGUUAACAACUACAAAAAAUUACUCUCCUACCUUUAAUUGCCUUUAGAUUUCCUUCAAAGUUUGU